UUGACCGGACAUUCACCGUUGAGCGUACUCUUCCGACACAAGCCGCCAUGAUUGCCAAGGUUGCUCUUUGCCUGUGCCUCGCCUCCGCCGCUUAUGCCGGAGGCCGGUUUGGCCCAGGUCCCUUCGCCGGCCACGGAGGUUUCUACGCUGCCGCAGCUGCUCCCAAGGCUCUCGUAGCCGAGCCCUUCUACGCACCUCAACCAUACAGCUUCGGCUACAACACCGUUGACGAGUACGGAAACAAGCAGCACCGCAACGAAGAAAGCGACGCCAGCAACACCAAGACUGGAUCUUACGGCUACACCGACGCUCACGGCAUCUACCGCCACGUCAACUACAUCGCCGAUGCCCAUGGCUUCCGCGCCACCAUCGACACCAACGAGCCAGGCACCAAGGCUGGAGCCAGCGCUGACGCCGUCUACAACGCCAAGCCCGUCGUCACUGGCCCCGUUGUGAAGGCUGCCGCUGCAUUCGUCGCGCCAACUUACGCAAAGUUCGGAUUCCCUGCCCACGGUCACCACGGCUAUGGCUCACGGUACUAGGCGUAGUCCUGUGCCGGACUCAUCUCUUAACAGAGGCCCGAGGCAAGGCCCUUCGAGACAAGGACCCAUUCUCAUUCCUCUCACGUCUUCACGGCUCGGUUGUGUGUUCAGGUGUGCGGUUGAGCUAUACAGGGUUUGCGUUGGUGAUAUAUUUCACUCUUUAUUUGUGAAGUUGUUCUGCCUACCUUAAUAUACUCAUGGCCAGGGAGUAACCAACCAGAGAACGGUCGGUUCCGCUGCUGGACUUUCUACCAAUCUUAUUUCUGUGGAAACAUGCCUUAUCAUCGAUGAAAAGGCAAACAAUUAGACGUCAUAUGUGCCGCUGGCAUGUAUUUCAGUUGCCCACACACGCUUAAUUGAGGCGGACGGCCUGAAGAAUUGAUUUCGGGGAAUGUUAAGAGCAUUAAACGUUGUCGUCCUUCGUGGGUUCCGAUUCCUCAAGUUCGUAUGCGUAAAGUAUUUUCAUGAUUGAACUUAUCAUCUCUGCUUUGGUGAUUAUAUCCUGUGGUAUUCAUCUGUCUCCUCCUCAUGUCCUGUACUUGUGACUAGUCUUCCAGUUUUUGUGCUGCAGUUCGUUUGUUGUACUGGAUACUUGCACGUGAUAAGUGUAUACGCUGUCAUUAUGCACGAAAUAAAAUGUGCUUGUAGUGA